UUUUUCUGAGGCCUGAGCAUGUAUAUAAUCACCCCCAUGCCACACAUCCUUCCAUCAACAUUUGCCUUUGAUCUUCUCUAUACCUUGAGAGAUCUUUGAGACCCGUUUGCUACUCUUCUCUCAGUUAGCUCUUAGUCUUCUCAAAUCAUUUCAAAGCAAAGAUGAGCAGGCCAGGAGACUGGAACUGCAGGUCAUGCCAACACCUCAACUUUCAGAGGCGUGACUCGUGCCAGCGCUGUGGGGACCCCAGGACCGGAGGUGAUUUUGGAGGUUUUGGUGGGCGGGGUGGGUCAGCAUUUGGUUUUACCGGCUCGGAUGUUCGCCCCGGUGACUGGUACUGUACCGCCGGAAACUGUGGGGCCCACAACUUUGCUAGCCGCUCGAGUUGCUUCAAAUGCGGAGUGUACAAGGAAAUUGAUUCAUCUGGGGGCUUUGAUUCCGACUUCUCUCGCUCCAGAGGUUUUGGGGGCAGCACUGGAGGCAGCAAUCGAUCUGGUUGGAAAUCCGGGGAUUGGAUUUGCACUAGGUGGGGAUGCAACGAGCAUAACUUUGCUAGCAGAAUGGAGUGCUUCAAGUGCAAUGCCCCAAGAGACCUUAGCAACACAACUUCAUACUAGAUAUAAUUUCCCCAUUUCCGGGGACUGCAGCAACCAAGAAAGACUACAUUAUUAAAAAAAUAUAUCACUGUUUUCCUUUUCUUCUUUAUUUCUUUCUGCAUUGGCUAGGGUCUUGAGGUGAUGAAACAUGGUUUGAAAACCAUGUUUACUGCUUUAAGCUAUAUAUAAACCCUUGGCAUUUUGUCAGGCUUCCUGUAGGAAGUAUCAUUGUAUUUGUGGGCUUUUGAUAUAUUAUAUUCAUUAUUGAUCUA